AUGGCUAAGCUCUCUUUGAUCCUCUCUGCUGCUCUCAUCGUUUUUGUUGCCAUGGCCUUUGUUAUUGAAACCUCACAAGCUGGUGGAGAGGGAUCCGUUAAAUUGCAAGAUUGUCCAAAAGCUUGCGAUGGCCGCUGUUCAGCAACACAACACAAGAGCGAAUGCACUUUCUUCUGCAACUAUUGCUGCCAAAGAUGCUUUUGUGUUCCUUCGGGCACGGAGAAAGAUCGUGAGAGAGCUCAAUCUCGUACCGGUGGCAAAGGAAGCAAAGGCAAGGAUGACGGUCUGACUCCUGAACAGCGUCGUGAAAGAGACGCAAAAGCGCUGCAAGAAAAAGCGGCGAAGAAGGCAGCACAGGCAGCGGGAGGGGAUUCUUCGGGAGGAGGUAUUAGGUAG